GGUCUGGCCACGCGAGGCUAGGGAAGUGCGUAUUAUACCUUUGCAAGGGUCCCUACGGAAAAGACACGGAAGCAAUGUCCUCGUAAUUUUAUGUGUCGACGCGACAGAGCCCUCGAAAUUUCUGUCAGGCACUCUGAGACAGAUAUUCAAUUCGCAAUCAAUUCCUAACUAAAACAAGUCAAGAUGACCGCCUAGAGACCAGAUUGAGGGAUCGAGGUCACCUCCGACAACUGCUAGGGCAGCUAGACCUUUGGUUGAUGCUUAAUUUUUUCUACCAGAGCCAGAGCGAUUGGUGCAGGAGACCGACUCUAGUAGUUGAAGGUUUUUCUGUAUAGAGCUUCAUCAUCAUCAUCAUCAUCAUCAUCAUCAUCAUCAUCAUCAUCAUCAUCAUCAUCAUCAUCAUCAUCAUCAUCAUCAUCAUCAUCAUCAUCAUCAUCAUCAUCAUCAUCAUCAUCAUCAUCCGUAUUGCCGUCAUUGUGUAAGGAAGGGCUUGAAGACACAUUUGUGACAGAUGGCUUUGGUAAUUGGAAACGAGCAAUAGAGAGGCCGAUCAAAAGGUUAAGAAUGGAGCUUAUUACCGACUUCACUGCAUUUUUAAUGCCGGAAUUGCGGCUGAGCAGGAUAUCUUUGUGCGAUUAGUUGAUGCAUCCAACAAGCAACUCAUUGCCUAUGAAGGGCAAGACAAAAACCCAGAGAUGUGCCGAGUACUUCUUACACAUGAAGUCAUGUGCAGUCGUUGUUCAGACAAAAAGUCAUGUGGAAACCGCAAUGAAACACCUUCUGAUCCAGUUUUACUGGACAAAUACUACCUCAAGUUCUUUCUAAAGUGUAACCAGAAUUGCCUUAAAAAUGCUGGCAAUCCAAAGGAGAUGCGCAGAUUUCAGGUUGUUGUGACAACUUCAUCCGAUAUAACUACUAAAGACAACAUUUUGGUCUACUCAGAGAACAUGUUUGUACAUAACAACUCAAAGCACAACCGGAGAGUAAAGUCCGGGGAGUCAUGCUAUGAUGCACCACCACUGUUGAGAUCAAAACCAUUGCCUAUGCCAAUGCCUGUCAUCCAUGCGAUACUCCCAAAUGAAGGAGGAAUUUCUGGAGGAACACCAGUUGCUAUUGUUGGUGAAAAUUUUGUUGAUGGAAUGCAAGUUGCUUUCGGACCUCAACUGCUAAAAACCAUAGUUGUGACACCACAUGCUAUGCAUAUUGCUAGCCCACCAAGACCAUUUGCUGACUCAGUAGAGGUGUCUGUGACAUACAAAGGAAGAUGUUAUAACCAAGCUUCGUUGAGGUUUACAUAUACAAAUGUCCAAGAAAUGGCUCAAGCAGCAUUGGAGGCAGGAUUCCAGAAUUUGCAAAAGUUGUUGCCUCGUAAUCCUGGUGAGGCAGAAAUAACUAGCAAGGAACAAAUUCUUAAGCGUUCUUCAGAUCUUAUUGAAUCAUUGCUGAACCUACCAUCAAGAACAACAUUUGCAACAGGCUCGGGACUACAGUGGGGAGGUUCAAGUGUGUGUGAUGUGAAGUCAUCUCAACUGACAGCAUUUAAUGCUAGUGGGACAAUGUUUGGCCAGCCUCAGCAAAACCAAUCAUUUAUAUCAACAUCUCAACAGAUUCCGCCACUGGCUCAUAUAACAUCAUCCACUGGACAACCUGAUUUCUUAGGAUUGCAGAGUGGCGUAGCUGGAACUGCUGCACAAAGUAUUGGGCCAUUAGGAAUCAGUCACUUGCCCAAUGUUUGCACUAUAUCAACGUUUACACAUGGAGCAUCAGGAUCGACAUUUUCAUAUCCACUAGUAUCGCCAUUUACUUCACUCCAACCAUCUUCCAACUACCCAACCAUGUCAUCUCACGACAUGCCAGCACUGUCUCGCCCUGACCAUGCACACGUUAGGCCAGCUCACAAUGUUGGUCCAGAGCUUGGAGAGUUAUCGACAGGACUCACAAACUAUAUUCCAAGUAUUCACAAUGCCAGCGGUCUGAUGAGAAAUCCGAUCACGGCAGAUGGUGAAUUGACAUUUGGUGCCAAAGGCAUCCCUCCUCCUAUGUUAGCUCCACAGCCCACAUCUCCGGGCUAUCUGACAGCAGCUUCAGGUGUCGGUCCUCCUGCUAUGCAUCCACCUAUUUUCAACUUUCCUCCUUUGGUUACAACUAAGCAAGUAUCGCGAAGCGCAUUCGCUCCAGUUCCAAGACCAAAUUCUCGAUCAAGCUCAUUCAAUUCUUCAACUCCACAAUCAAAUUCAACAGCCAUUCCUUUCAGCAAUCAGUUUGGGUUUCCACCAAGUACUAUGGCCAUGAUAGAAGGCACAGAUAAUCAACAUUGCAACUUCGCUAAUCCCUCUCUUGCUGCUGGUCAUACCCUGCUCAGUCUUCACUCCAGCAAUAGAAAACGAAAACCUCCUGAUAAUCGUUGACAGCAUUGAUUCAAAGCAUCUUGAGUUAAAAGUAACAAAGAGAUUCAAACCCUGCAGUUUGAAGUUGAAAAUUAUAUACAGUAUAUACGUGCACUCAUAACUCAUCAUAGUUUUAUAUGUCUGCUUUAUAAAACUACUUCAGAUUAUAUUCUUCAAUCAAUAGAUCUUGUAUCUCAUUGAUCUAGUCCGAUGUUGUGUAAUAUUCUAGAGACUAGAGAUUAUAUGCCAUAAGCAGGGGUGUAC